AUGCGGGAACCUGCGUGGGAGCGGGGUCCCCGGAGGCCCCAGGACAGGGAGGGCGUGUCUGACGACUCGGGCCCGACCUGGGAGAAGGCGGUGCGCGAGGCCAAGCUACAGAAGUUCGACCUGUUCCCCAAGGCGCUGCUCCAAGCAGGCCGCCCGGGCAGCCCGCCGCCGCCUCCCGGGAAGCCCUUAUCCCCCGACGGCGUGGACUCGGGUCCGGGGACAUCAUCCCCGGAGGUGCGGCCGGGCUCGGGCUCCGAGAACGGCGACGGCGAGUCCUUUUCGGGGUCGCCCCUGACCCGCGCCUCCAAGGAGGCGGGUGGCAGCGGCCCGGGCAGCGCUGGCCCGGGAGGCGGCGGCGAGGAGGACAGCCCGGGUUCCGCCAGCCCUCUGGGCUCUGAGUCCGGUUCGGAGGCCGACAGGGAAGAGGCAGAGGCCCCGUCCGUGCCAGGGCUGGGCGGGGGCCCGGGUCCGAGGCAGCGGACGCCGCUGGACAUCUUGACGCGCGUCUUCCCGGGCCACCGGCGCGGCGUCCUGGAGCUGGUGCUGCAGGGCUGCGGCGGCGACGUGUCCGCGGCGGCGCACAGCCGCGGGCUGGCCUUCAUGGCCCCCUACUCCACCGCGGGCCUGGUGCCCACCCUCGGCUUCCGCCCGCCCAUGGACUACGCCUUCAGCGACCUCAUGCGCGACCGCUCGGCCGCCGCCGCCGUGCACAAGGAGCCGUCCUACGGCGGCGGCCUGUACGGGCCCAUGGUCAACGGCACCCCCGAGAAGCAGUAGGGCGAGGGGCCUGGCGGCUGGGCGGCCCCAAACAGGGACCCCAGCCUCGUCCCCUUUGCCCGGUGCGCGCUCUGCGUCCCAGCUGAGGCCCUUUCGCGCCAAGGUGGUUUUAAGUUUUGUUUUGAAGGGUGGGUGGGGGAGCUGGGCAGAGAGGAGCAGCUGCGGAUGCAGAAGUUCUCGCGGGAGGGGCGAGGCGCGGACCGUCACCC